CACCAUUUUAUCCCUGAGAAGGACGGCGUUUCUUCCUGGGAAGUAGAUAGGUGAUUAAAGGGAGAGCAGAGGCGAGUUGAAAUGGUCGCCGGGACGAGGAGAAGGGGCUCGGGAAGCGUGCUCUGAGUACAAGCACCCCCCGGGCCUGCGGGGAUGGUUGGUCCCGAGCCGUGUCAGGCGCCUCUGGCUCAUGGCUGGGGUUACCCCAGCUGCUGCCCAAGGGACCUGAGAGAUGGCGUGUCUGAAAGCCAGAGAAUAUCUGUGUUUGACCCAGAGGACUUGGAAAUGAACUGGAUGUAAAAACCUUCGCCCGGGGAGAGUUGGAAACGAGAUUCUGCUGGAGAGAGGACUCUUGCCAAUUACACUGGCACCAUGAAUGCCAUUGUUGCUCUCUGUCAUUUCUGCGAGCUCCACGGCCCCCGCACCCUCUUCUGCACAGAGGUUCUACAUUCACCCCUUCCUCAGGGGGCGGGAAGCGGAGACAGCCCAGGGCAAGGUGAACAGGCGGAGGAGGAGGAGGGUGGCAUUCAGAUGAGCAGUAGGAUUCGUUCUCACAGCCCAGCGGAAGGAGCCAGUGCCGAAUCCAGCAGCCCCGGGCCCAAGAAGUCCGACAUGUGUGAGGGCUGCCGGUCUCUUGCAGCUGGACACCCAGGGUAUAUCAGCCACGACAAAGAAACGUCCAUUAAAUACGUUAGCCACCAGCAUCCAAACCAUCCCCAGCUCUUCAGCAUUGUCCGUCAGGCCUGCGUUCGAAGCUUAAGUUGUGAGGUCUGUCCCGGACGGGAAGGCCCGAUCUUCUUCGGGGAUGAGCAGCAUGGCUUUGUGUUCAGCCAUACCUUCUUCAUCAAAGACAGUCUGGCUCGAGGCUUCCAGCGCUGGUACAGCAUUAUCGCUAUCAUGAUGGACCGGAUUUAUCUCAUUAACUCGUGGCCAUUCUUGCUGGGGAAAAUUCGAGGAAUUAUCGACGAACUUCAGGGCAAAGCCCUCAAGGUUUUUGAAGCGGAGCAGUAUGGUUGUCCACAGCGUGCCCAGCGGAUGAACACAGCGUUCACGCCAUUCCUCCACCAGAGGAACGGCAACGCCGCCCGGUCCUUGACGUCUUUGACCAGUGAUGAAAAUUUGUGGGCGUGCCUACACACCUCCUUCGCUUGGCUCCUGAAGGCUUGUGGCAGUCGACUGACGGAGAAGCUCCUAGAGGGUGCACCCACUGAAGACACCCUCGUUCAGAUGGAAAAACUGGCAGACUUGGAAGAAGAGUCAGAAAGCUGGGACAACUCUGAGGGUGAGGAAGAAGAGAAAGCCCCUACCCUGCCAGAAGUCCCGGAAGGGCGGGAAUUGUCCAAAUGCCCAAAUGAAUCGUCCCUGCUCUCAGAUUGUGGUGCCUGGCAACCCCGCAAACUGAGUGUCUUCAAGUCCCUCAGGCAUAUGAGACAGGUCCUAGGAGCUUCUUCCUUCCGAAUGUUGGCAUGGCAUGUUCUUAUGGGGAACCAGGUCAUCUGGAAAGGUCGAGACAUGGAUCUUGUCCAAUCAGCGUUUGAUGUUCUACGGACCAUGCUGCCGGUGGGGUGUGUUCGGAUUAUCCCGUACAGCAACCAGUAUGAGGAGGCCUACCGAUGCAACUUCCUUGGGCUCAGUCCCCAGGUCCAGAUCCCACCGCACAUACAGUCAUCAGAAUUCGCCGUCAUCGUGGAGGUCUGCGUGGCCACCCGUUCGAGCCUCUACCCCAUUGUAUUUGAUGAAGAUCAGUCGCUCAGUAAAUAUGAGUUUGUGGUCACCAGUGGGAGCCCUGUAGCUGCUGAUCGAGUCGGUCCGACUAUCUUGAAUAAGAUCGAAGCUGCUCUGACCAACCAGAACCUCUCCGUGGAUGUGGUGGAUCAGUGCCUGGUGUGUCUCAAGGAAGAGUGGAUGAACAAAGUGAAGGUCCUCUUCAAGUUCACCAAGGUGGACAGCCGACCCAAAGAGGACACCCAAAAACUGUUGAGCAUCCUGGGAGCAGCCGAGGAGGACAACGUCAAACUCCUGAAGUUCUGGAUGACCGGCUUGAGCAAGACGUACAAAUCUCAUCUUAUGUCCACUGUCCGCAGCCCCACAUCCUCAGAGUCUCGCAAUUGAUUGUGAGAGGAUUUAGCCGACUAGGGAAAAUAGCUUCCACUUGCGUUUACCAUUGAGCGCGCCGAUGGUCAUUCGUGUGAAACCCCAAACAUACCUGCCCCCAGACUCAAUCUGGAUCAUUUUUAAAAUAGUUGAAUUGUUGGAAAACCUGACUGUUUCUGUAGGACUGCACUCUUCAAGCCGAUCUGUUCUCUAAAAGCUAAAGUGUUUUUUCAAUAGAGGUCUACAGACUAUCUUCGUCCCUGCAGAAUUUAAAGUAGAAUACUCUGAGUGCAUCCCUUGCGGUCGCCACAGGAAAGUGUAAACAGCUGGUCACUAAUAUAAAUAUCGUUUCAAUUCCUUAUCUGGAAACUGAGAGAAAAUCGGAUCUAAUGCCUCAGUAGAUUCUAGAUCUCCUUAAUAGAGGAGAAGGGAGCAGGUCAGAGCUAGGAUUAGGCAUUAGGGUUUAGAUUUGCUUGGAAUUUUAAACAAAAAUGAAAGUACAGGUAAUAGUACCUGAAGCUAAUUUUCUAAAGCUUCUGCUAUUUGGCCAGUUACGAAGAGUUGUCUAAUUUUCAGCUCAGUAGAGAAUAUCCCAUUCAGCUCCCAUUUGUAUUUUUGUAAUCUAAUCUUGCAUAUUUCCUCCUUGGUCACUCUGGAAAAGUUCCUAGAAGUCUUAUUACAAGAAAAACCCAGAACUUGAGUGUUUGUCUCCCUCACAAAUGUUUGAAUUUUGCCUGAAGAUGCAGAAGUAAUGCCUCAUACUCCUUACACAUGAAUCAGAACCAAGUGCGGAAUAGUAACUUGUAUUUGCUAAAGGCGGGCCUUCUCUGGGUUGUAUGUAAAAUCAAGCUGUUUCUUCAAGUAGGAGUUCUGGUUGGGUUCAUUUAAUGAUGGUGCUUUUUUACCUAAACGUCAAAUCCAGGCAUGUAACAUCACAAUUCUUGAUGCAGCUGUUAAACCUCCAGGCAUGAAAUCUGCCACAAUCCCAUCUGCUAUUAUUUAUAGCCUGAAAUACAGGUUGAAAAGUUGACAUUUUGCUAUAGAACACUUUCCAGAAUAUGCUUUUUUUUUUUUUUUUUAACUCAACCCAAUUGCAUUUUACAGGAGUCCGUUGUUCAGAGGGGGUAUUGUAGCAAAAUCUUUUUUGCAGAUUUGUCCAUAGUUGGUUUUUUUGGGGGGGGGCAGUUAUUUAAAUUAUAUUUAACUUGCAGACUAGGUUUUUAUGACUAGGUAUCUGUAUAAUACAAGAGAGCAUUAAUUAAAUGUAAUAAAGAUGUAUUUUUGUAAAAUGGAGAAAA